AUGUUGAGCAUCAACUUCUCGACUCCCCUCGCGGGAGCUGCUCGAUCUGAGAGAAUCAAGCAGAUGACCAACAACCACCCUGCUUUUGAAAAGUCUCGCCAGUCUCAGGAGAUUCUUGUCAAAAUCCAGACCUCUCUGCGCCGCAUGCCUGGCGUCUCUUCCAAGGAAUCCAACGAGAUCAUCACUCAGCUUCAGGAAGUCGGGCAGAUUGUCAGCACCGAGACGAGCCAGCUCGUUGACGCGCUCAUGAACCUGACUCUUGAUCAAGAGGACACUGACAAGGCGAUCGCUCGCAUGAGUAUCGAGGCCAACCUUUCCAAGGCAGAGGCCGAUGAUCAGGCUCAUACCCUGAGCACCCUCCGUGCCGAUCUCGCAAACGAGAGGAGCAAGCGUCAAGAGGCCGAAGCUGAGGUCGCCAAGGUCAUGGAAGAACUUCAGAAGCUCUCCGGCGAAAUCAAGUCGCUCAAGGGGAAGAGCAGUGAUGCUGGUUCCGAUGGCUCCAAGUCGUCUCCUGAUCGCGACGUCGUAGUCAAGCAACUCGGGGAAACAAUCAAGCACAUCGAGGAGCGGGUCAAUUCUCAUCGAUCUCUCUGGCUCACGAAGAACCCGAGUCUUAGCUCGGUGGCUCGUGCCGUUGACACCAUCACCGAGUCUUGCUCUGACAAAGACGCUGUUCAGAAGAGCACCAUGUCGCGCCAGCUUGACAGCGAUGAAGGGACGAACUCGCGCGAUAGCAAGCCUCCUGGCCCCAACGAAGGCGCUGUCCAGUCCCAGCGUCCUCUUACUACCACGCGCUUUGGAUCGCACAUUGUGCCCGGUCCAUCUCGACCUACAUCAACUGCACCAAGCGAGCGUCGAUUCGGUCAGUGGGGGGGACCUCCUACUCCUUCGCAGACUCAGUCUCGAUUUGGAACCCCUUCUUCAAGCGUCACUGGACCUCAGUCCAUGUAUGGUCGUAACGCUCCUCCCCGUCGCGGCUUCGCCAACGGCACUUAUCGCCCCAAUGCACCUGAGUUCUACCCUCAGUCCUAUGGGCAUCCUGAAAAGAGCGCCACGUCUCCCAGCAGCAAUGGAGGAUAUAGCCAGCCGCGCCAGUAUUACCCUCCUACCCCCUCGGGCGGACGCAACAAGUACAGCCGAUUCCGUGAUCCUGUUCCUGCCGGGCCUGACUACAACGGCCCGCCUGGUGCGCUGACUACUCGACCUCCUUUCCCUGGUCCUCCUAUUCAUAUCACUGAUAUGACUGUCAACGCUUGGCACGAUCAAUUCACAGAUCUCUACCAAUCUAUCCGCACGUUCGUUGCCCGUCAUGCUGACCUGGCUACCUUUGUCAACCCACAGGAACUCUCCGACACUCGUCUGUGGCCUGUUCUCAUUGCAACCUACCAUCCUCUUGCUGAGAAUGAGGCCGUUUCCUACCUUGACUACCAUCUCAAGGAAACCAGCGCUAAAUCCUGCUUGGUCACUCGCGUCAUCAUCGACUACGUUGUCAACAGAGUUUGGGUUUCUCGCGCCUGGAUGGGUGCAGAGACUGAUGCUACCCAUGGCCUUGUUGAAGUUGAGAAGGAUCUUGAACGAACUCAAGGUCAGCCAGCUGCUCGCCGCCAGCACAUCCUCGAUCGCCAGGCAAGCAUCAUCGAUUCCAUCCUCAAGCUGGACACAUUCCAGGAGUUCAGCAAAGUCCGCUGCCAAGAGAUCACGGAUGUGAUCCUCAGCAUCAUCGAGCCACUCCUCAACCCUGAAGCCGACCCUGAUACUGUCUUCAAGGAACUGGAGAGUGUUGCUACAGCCACCUGGGCCUUGUCAAGCCGCAUCCUCAGCAGCCGACUGACCUUUGACUUCCGCUUUCCCGAGAUUGGAAGCCGAUACUCUUACCAGUCCAUGCUGCCAAUCUGGCCUGACCUCGAUCCCCAGGACCUGCAGGCUGAGCACUGGCGUGUCGCUCUUGUCACCACCCCUGUUGUGACUUGCCGUAACGACACUGGCACAAACAUCUCUGCUCACUCGGUCUGUGUAGCUGAUGUCGUCUGCAUGCGAUAA